ACAGUUGAAGUCCUUUAGAGUUAUCAUUCUCACCAGAUCAAGAGAACGCCGCAUCUCUCAGAACCACUAAGACAGGAAGCAGUCUGCUAGAGCCAAGAGGAAAGAAUACACAUGCCAGACGAUGCUUACUUUUUAUAGUGCAUUUCUCACAAAUUAAGUGUUUGAAGUUGCUUGUCAAAGAGACGAAUGGAACUUUAAGAAACUUUAUUUAACAAAAACAAACAAAAAAACUUAUAAAAUAGACAACAAGAAGUAAAUAGUUAUAGAAAAUACUGGAUCAGUUUGUAGUGCUGAGCUUGUCAGGUUUAAGGAGAGUAAAAGCGAAAUGGAAUUACCGACGUUGGACAGGAUAUCCACAGCGGUCAUAGAGUGCAUGUUGAUACAAAGCAACUUUUCUUCUAAUUACACAACGAAUUUGACUUUGUAUUACAACACCAGCACCUGUGGAAACGGCUCUAUGACAAGGGCGAUACCACCUCAACGUCCCAAAGAUUUUGAUUAUUCUGUGAGAAUUCUGCUGUACUCACUGAUUUUCCUGCUCAGUGUCUUUGGAAACACAUUGAUUAUCAUCGUUCUGAUCUUGAACAAACGAUUGCAAACUGUCACCAACUCCUUCCUGCUCUCGCUGGCCCUAAGUGACCUGAUGGUGGCCCUUUUUUGCAUGCCAUUCACCCUCAUCCCCAACCUGCUCGGGGACUUCAUCUUUGGGGAAGCCAUGUGCAAAAUUGUGGCCUACUUUAUGGGAAUCUCAGUAAGUGUGUCUACCUUCAGCCUGGUAGCUAUAGCCAUUGAGCGCUACAGUGCUAUCUGUAACCCCCUCAAGUCUCGGGCAUGGCAGACCCGUUGUCAUGCCUACCGUGUCAUUGCCUCCACCUGGAUCCUGUCUCUGAUCGUCAUGAUCCCAUACCCUGUGUUCAGCACCCUGAUGGCAUUCCCGAAGGCCAACAACUCCACUGGGCACAACUGCCGUCUCAUGUGGCCCAAUGAUCAGGUGCAGCAGGCCUGGUACCUGAUGCUGCUGAUUACUCUGUUCUUUAUCCCUGGUAUUGUGAUGAUAAUUGCCUAUGGACUAAUUUCCCGGGAACUGUAUAGAGGAAUCCAGUUUGAACUGGACCAGAAAAAAGAAAUCUCUGCCCAUAAAAAUGGACUCAAUGUAAUGGGCAAUCCGGCAAACAGCAGUGACGAGGGAGAUGGCUGCUACAUUCAAGUGACAAAGUGUCAGAACACGGUGGAAAUGUCCACUCUGAAUCCUAGUGGUGGAACCAAGAUGGACAGAGCUCGUAGCAACACCUCCGAGGCCAAGCUCUUGGCCAAGAAGCGCGUGAUCCGCAUGCUCAUUGUCAUUGUUGCCAUGUUUUUCGUCUGCUGGAUGCCCAUCUAUUCUGUCAACACCUGGCGGGCCUUCGACCACCACACUGCACACAAGGUCCUCUCUGGGGCUCCUAUUUCUUUCAUCCACCUGAUGUCUUAUACAUCUGCCUGUGUCAACCCCAUAAUCUACUGCUUCAUGAACAAGCGUUUCCGCAAAACAUUUCUAGCUACGUUCGCCUGCUGCUGGAGGCCUUGCUGCCGGUUUCAAGCGACAAAAGAUGACGUCGCCGGUACCGGGGCCUCACUGUCUAAAUUCAGCUACGCCACUGUCAGCACACUGGGUCCCUCAUGACCAGCCCCUGUGAGCUGAGAGACAGGAAAAAACAUAGACAAUGGUAUGACACUGGACAAGACAGCGUUGGCUGUAUGACAUCCUUUCUAUUCCAUAUCUCAUGAUCAUCAUAUUCAUUUUUUUUUGUUUGAAUUGUUUUCUUUAAGUAGCUCAUCAUGGAAGCCAGGCCAGGUGCAUUUGAAAAGUCAGAUAGCAAGUUUCCUUUGUUGAGAAUACUUGCUGCAAUGUUUUCAGGAGCCACAAACCUGCUGCUUCUGCUUUCACCAGUACUGUAUUAUCUGAUUUAUUUAACUUCUUACUUUAGGUUACAAGCAGUACAGUAUUGUCCAGUAUAUCGUUAAGCUUGUUAUUUAGACAUAAGUCUGGCUUAUUCCACUUAAUGAGAACACUAUAACAAUUUUAAACAAUACAGCCUAACCUAUAUAGUACUAGUAUCAUUUUCAAACAAAAGUUGUUUUAAAAUGUUGUUUGAGUAUUAUUUAAUGGAGCAUCUAAGAGUAGUAUACAGUAUUUAUUAAAGCAUUGUUGUUGAUAGAAUUAUUCAUUCCUUUAUGACAUUGCACUUUGGUGCAAGUCAGUCCCAGAUAAUUAAAGGAUCAAUGCUUUGAUGUAAAGCAUUAGGAAGUGCGCCAAACGGACCAGACACUUUAAAUCUAUUUUGUCUCAUUAAUCCUCACCACAAAUUAAGAUUAAGAAAAAAAAGAAAAAGGUACAACUAAAGGAAAUUGUAAAUUUUACAAAAGACUACUUUCAAAAAUUGCCACUGCUUUGUAAUUUUCUAAUACCAGUUAUCCACAUAGAAUCGUAUUGAGAUUACUUACAGACGAUGCAAUCGAGAUUGAUUGUUCCCCUGAGGUCUGAUCGGCGAUCAUUUUACCUGAACUGCACAGCAAUAACAUGAAAGAUUACUGUUCAGAAUUACACCACCCUGCAAUCUAAAAUAAGAAAAAUAACAAUUUUAAACUACAGAUUAAUGAAACAUCUAAUAUUGUAAAAGUGCAUUUCCCAAAAAUGUAAGUAAUAAUAAAAAAGUUAUUACAAACUUGUAAGAGCGGGAUACAUUUUACAGUUACUGUAUAACUGAAAUAUGCAUUUAAAACAGUUUUUAUAAACCAUGUGGUGUUGUAGAACUUAACUGGGAGUAAAUAUUUUUCAUUAUUCAUGGAUCGCUUGCUUGGGCUUGCAUGAAUACACACCACUUUAACCCACUGAACCAUCCAUAUUAAUGCCAUACUACUCGUUAGUAUAAAAUUUGGUCAAAACAGUUUCAUCUAUUUAUUUGAUAAAGUAGGGUUACAUUUAGAUGUGUUAUCAUGUUGCACUAAUUACUGACCGAAUUAAAAUGUUGUUUUUCAUAUAUGUAACGUAUACCGACAUUUAUUGAUGAGCAACAUUUGAAUUUAAAUAGCAAAGGUUUUUUUAAUGUAGUUUUAUUGUUAAUCAACAAAUUCAUUUUUAAAAUGCAGUACGUUUGGUACAGUACUCACAUGAUACCCCGACAUAGAGAGAAGCAAUCUAAAGCAGAAAUCAUCUUGUUAAGGAACAAGUGUAUA